AUGCUCCGGUCUAGUUAUUGCACAUUGUAUCAGAAUUCAGAGAAGGAUUUGAUUGAGCUUGGAGAGUGUCCGUAUGAUCAAGGAGGAUAUUUCAUUAUUAAUGGCAGUGAGAAGGUUCUGAUUGCUCAGGAGAAGAUGAGCACCAAUCAUGUCUACAUCUUCAAGAAGAGGCAACCUAAUAAGUAUGCUUAUGUGGGUGAAGUUCGGUCCAUGGCAGAAUCACAGAAUAGACCACCUAGUACUAUGUUUGUGCGCAUGCUCUCUCGAGCUAGUUCCAAAGGGGGUUCUUUAGGGCAAUAUAUACGUGCUACUCUUCCAUACAUUCGAACUGAAAUUCCUAUCAUUAUUGUGUUUCGGGCAUUGGGAUUUGUCGCUGAUAAGGAUAUACUCGAACAUAUAUGCUAUGACUUCGCGGAUACUCAAAUGAUGAAGCUGCUCCGUCCUUCCCUGGAAUAA